AUGCAAUCUGUCACCAUGCAAUUCAGUCCCGUCAAGGAGGGCCGUCGUAUCCUCGGCGAUAGAGACUCCAACGCGUGCCUGUCCCCCGCCCACCACAGCAAAUCGGCCCUCACAGGCUUCAGCACCCCCGUCAAACGAACCCUUUUUACCAACACAUCACCCAAAAAAUUGCUACCCUCGCCGAUCUUUGCCGGCCAAAAGCGAUCGAGGGAGCAAUUGGACCAGGGCGAAGGUCACGCGCCAUGUGAGCGUCGCGUGGAAGGCCCUGCUUCCACACCCAAGAAUGAGAGCCCACGGCCGGACGUGGAAUCCAACACAGUCGGACUCACCUCACAACCAAUACGCGACGAGUCCCAGGAAAGCAAUGUCUCGACAACAUCUCGCAGUGAAUCACCGAAAGCGGAUCUAGAGACGAGGUCGAUUCCCGAGGAUCCUGACGCGCGGAAGAUCUUCAUUCAACAGGCUGCCCCGUCCACGUUCCAGAAAGCGGCUCUCCUCCGAAUUAAACUCCAAUCUGCCAUGCGCAACGCCACGGAGAAUCAAAUUGACCGACGUGUCUCGGACUUGGAAGAGCACAGCCGCAAAGUUCCUAGAAUCUCCCUCUCCACCCUACCAUCCUCGUCGCCAGCCACCGUAUUCCGCUCUACAUUCACACCUUCUCAAUUGAGAACACCACGCAUCGGUGCCGACCCACGGGGUCACCCGAGCUCUACACCCUGCCAACAAACGCCAGACCUCCCUCAACCACCCUCCUCGGUCAUACAGAAACCGGAGCAUGCCAAGCAGGGUGACCGGACACCGCCCCGUGGCCUGGGGUCACCCAUGCAGCUCAGCAGCCCCCCAGCGACGGUCAUGCGCUAUACAAGGACGCGGGAGACUGCAGACCCAGGGAACGCGGAAGAAGGCACGGCGUGUCCUGACCCGCCUUCCCCGUCCCAGCGAGGGGAUGCGGUCGAUGGAUUGCUGAAGUUGAUGAGCACCUCGGAUUGA